CGACCAAUUGAGAGCCCAAAAUACCGCUUCUUGGAGGUCGCUUUAUCUCUCCUGGGCAGCUCUAUAGAAGAGGCACCAGAUCACGCCUCUUAUUUUAUGCAUUUUCGACGAAUUACAUAAAUCGGGUUAUAGAAAAAGCGCCUACUCUGGUGCUGCAGCUCCAUCUGUAAUCCCUCCCUUCAUCGAAUCUCGUAAUGACCCUCUCGCCUCAGCUUGUCGCGGCCGCCAUCCAGGAUGAUCCCGACCUGGCUAAGGCAGUUCGGGAUCUAGUUGUCUCUCAUCCAGACACCGCCCCGGUGAUGUCCCGUUUGCUCACUUACUUUCAAUCGAGGCAAACAGUGUCGGGGCAACAGGACACAAAACGGCCCAAGCAGAAUCAAGGGAUCGCUCAUUUCUUCAACAAACCCAACGAGGCCUCAACAGCAUCCUCGCCCUCCACGACUGUAGCUGUGACCAAGACAUUGACCGAUAUCGGUCCUGCCAUUUACACAACAUCGGCGCUUUCGUUUCUGCACCCAGUUCGCAAAAAACUGGUCCUCUCCCUCCACAAGAACGACAUUGCCCUCCUGUCCUCGACUAAUGCCUCGGAAAUCGUCUGCAGUGCGCCUUACGAGGCCCUUUAUCGAGUCCUAGCCGUGCCGUUCUUGGAACGCACCACGAAACAGACGGCCCUGAUCCUGUUCUUCAGACAUUCUGGCAUCAGCACCUCCUCCAAGGACGCUAUUUGGGCGGUCCCACUCGCAGACGACGGUAAGGACUUUGCACUGCAGUUCCAUGAGCAACAUGAGCAGCUCGCAGGACUCUCAGAGGAUCUUCGAUCCGGGACCGCGGCCACAAAGACACCCAUCCCAUUUGUUUCACCCGCCAUAGCUGCGACGUCGAACAAACGACCAGACCAUUUGCUUGUCUCGAUCCUGUCAUUCUUCCUCCAAAAAUCUAAUCCGGCACAGUACAGUUCUGCUGUGGAGAUGAUCCCGAACCCGACGCCGGCCUAUCCGAACUUCUCGGCCCAUUUGAAAUCGAACCAAGGCACGAUCUACCUUCUCCCCACAGGAAUCUUGUUCGCGUUCCGGAAACCGAUCUUGUUCCUGCGCGCGGCCGCUAUUGAGGCUGUGGGAGUCCAUUCAGUCCUGUCGAGGACAUUCGAUUUUGAGGUGAUCAUGAAGGAUACUUCAGUGGCUACACCCGAAGACCUGGAGGGCGUCCCAGUCGACAACAAGGACGGUCGCAGAGCAGUCGGAUUCGGUAUGGUUGACACUAAGGAGUUUGGGCAGAUGGAAGAGUGGAUCAAGAAAGCCGGGAUCCGAGACCGGAGUAUGAGCGAGGAUCUGAAGGCGAAGGAUAAGGCCGUGGCGUCGAAGAAACGAGAGCGUACUGUGGAUGGUGAGGGUGAUGUGGACACCGACGGCGGUGAUAGUCAAGUGUCAUCGGCUUCACAGCAGAACGGAUCGUCGGCUAAGAAACAGCGGGAGACAUAUGAUGACGAUGACGAUGAUGAAGAGGAUCAGGACUUUGCACCGGAGAGUGAUGAGGAUAAUAUUAUGGAGGAGUACGAUUCGGAAGCUGAGGGCAGUGACAGCGAUGAGGGGGAGAAGGAGUCGGAUUCGAGGCGGACGCAGAGGAAAGCCAAGAAGGAGGACGAUGAGGAGGAUCUGGAGGAGGAAAGUCUUGGGGAGGAUAGCGAGGAUGAUGAAGAGGAGGACGAGGAGGAAGGAGGUGGGCAGGAUAAUGACGACGACAACGAUGACGACGAGGUGGAUGAGUUAAUGGACGACUAGACGAUUUUACUGUGCACUGUGCACAUGCAUCAAAUACAGCGCGACCUAUCUGCUCAGAAAACCAUUAUGCCCCUUGCUUUGUUCGCCUUGAUACGAAGAGAUCUGUUUUGCAUUUGGAUACCAUCAACGGAAAGGGCAAUGGCAUCCUCAAGUCUUUUGGCCCGUAAUAUUAUAUUUGGUGCUGCUCGUCCAUACGGUUCGUUUUUCUUUUAUCUUUUUGAGAGAUGUUAUACAUGAUGUACAAAAA